UUUUACUGCUGCCAGCUGAGGCCGGUGCUCCGCUGCACCGAUAGCGUGUAACUGAUGUUAGAACGGUUGUCCGUGAGAAGUGUGUCUUGGCUCCUGUUCCCGUGCCUCCUGGCUGUGCUCACAAACCUGUGGCUGACUUUGCACGGGACCCACAAAGGUUCAGAAGCGGAGGCCGAAGGAGGUCGCGAGCUGCUGGUGGGAGUCGUGUCCGCGCGCCACCACCGCGAGCUGAGGCGCGCGCUGCGGGACACGUGGGCGGAGCGCGUGCGGGAGCACCCCCACAUCCGGGACAGGGCUGUGCUGAAGUUCGUCAUCGGCAGACACGGCUGUCCCGUGCCGGAGGAGGACAGGGAGGACCCGUACUCCUGCGCCCCGCUCAAUUUCACAGAGCCAGUGGCAGGGCAGGAGGUGGAGAUUAUCACUGGAUUUGAUGCUUCAGUCCUCACCUCUUCGGAGGUCUCUGUGGUGAGCCUUCAGUUCAAGGUGCUACACCCCAUCGUGAUCACACGCCUGGGGGUGUUUCCCAGCGCCCCCACCUACAUGUUCCCUGGAACUGUUUCUGUAAGGCUCUUCCCACUGGGACAGGAGGUGCCUGUGGUGAGUGCCCAUUUUGGCCCCAACAGCACUGGCACUGAGGUGAAUGGUGUGUGGUAUAAAGCAGUGGAGCUGUUCAUCCUACCCAGGGGGUUCGAGGGGACGCUGCUGUGGGAGGGUGUGGAUGCAGCUGAUCUGACAACAAUAAAUGUCUCCCAGGUGCACUUGAAUGGGGGAGGGGUGCUUAAAAUAUCACUGAUUGAAGAGGGAGUUUUACCACACAGAGGAGCACGUGGUUUCCCUGGAUUGGCAGGAAUGUUCACCUUCUCUGUCCACGAUGCGGAGGGGCUGACGGCGAUGCUGCGGGGGCGGCCCGAGCGAAUUAAGAGUCACAGGGCUACGCUGGAUCAGGAGGAGGUGCUGUUGCAGCAGGAGAGUCGUCAGCACGGUGAUGUGGUGUUUGUGGAUGUGGUGGACACCUACAGGAAUAUUCCCUCGAAGCUGCUGCUCUUCUACAAGUGGUCAGUAAAAAAUACUGCCUUCAGCCUACUGCUGAAGACUGAUGACGACUGUUACCUUGAUGUUGAUGCUGUGUUGAUGCAACUAGAUCAGAAGCACUUCAACAGGAGGAACUUCUGGUGGGGAAAUUUUAGGCAGAACUGGCCGGUGGACAUUGCUGGGAAAUGGCAGGAGCUGGACUACACUGGGUCGGUGUAUCCGGCCUUUGCCUGCGGCUCUGGCUACGUGGUCUCCAGGGAUGUAGUCGAAUGGCUGGCAGACAAUGUGGAGAAGCUGAAGGUCUAUCAGGGAGAAGAUGUAAGCAUGGGGAUUUGGAUGGCAGCUCUUUGCCCACAAAAAUACCAGGACUCGCGCUGGCUUUGUGAGCAGGGCUGCUACGUGGACAUGCUGUCCUCCCCCCAGCACACAGCGGAGGAGCUGCGCUCACUGUGGCACAAGAAGAAGGCCUGUGGAGACCCCUGUGGCUGCCCCUGGGGCCAACCCUGAGCUAGAGAUCCUUGGUCCAGUGAAGCUAGACCCCAGACGUCUUGCAGCUAAAGACAGCGCACCAGAACUGUGUCUCCGUCCUCA